CCGCCCCGUCUGCUGUGUUCUCGGGCGGGCGCACACCCAGUGCCAGCCUCCUCCCCUGGCCCACACUCAGCCCGGCGGGGCCUCAGCUUUUCCACCGCUACUUCCUAGUCCUUUAAAUCCUAGAGGCAAACUUUUGGGGGAUAAGGAAGGCUGGGAGGGACCUACUCCUUAACCCUCUCUGCCCCAGACAGACUGAGCUGGACUGGGCGUGACUCUGUGCCCCUUUGGGCUCCUACCAUGGCCCCCGAGAGGGGCUGACACUUCAGAUCCCGGUGCAGGUGAGAUCCCGCCCGGAGGAAGACGGAAGAAGGCGCGGGCCUGGGACUGGGAGGCGGAGGCGGGCUCCGAACCAAGAAGACGGGGUUCCCAGCUUGAGCCGGAGCCUGAGAGUUUGCCUGCCCAGUUCAGCGGGGACCACGAGAUGCCGGUCCUGAAGCAGCUGGGUCCCGCGCAGCCCAAGAAGCGGCCGGAGCGCGGCGCUCUGUCCAUCUCCGCGCCGCUCGGCGACUUCCGGCACACUUUGCACGUGGGGCGCGGCGGCGACGCCUUCGGAGACAUUUCGUUCCUGAGCCGCCACGGCGGCGGGCCGCCCCCUGAGCCCCGGCCGCCGCCCGCGGGGGCCCCGCGCUCCGCGCCGCCGCCUGCCGUGCCGCAGCCCCCGCCGCCCACCCUCCGCGCGCCAGCGCCCGCCGACCCGCUGCUGUCCUUCCACCUGGAUUUGGGCCCCUCCAUGCUGGACGCAGUGUUGGGCGUCAUGGACGCGGAAAGCCCGGGCGCCGCCGCCGCCAAGCCCGACGUGGACCCCGGCCCCGGGGCGCAGCACCCUAGGGCCCGUUGCCUCCCCAACGCGGACCUCGAGCUGGACGACGUCAUCGGCCUGUAGGCACCCCCAUUCCCUGCGCCCUUAACGUCCAGCGCCCCACUUCUUUAUACAUAAACCGACAAGCAGUGUUGGCUGCGCGCCGCCGCCGCCUGCCGGACGCGGCCUCGGGCCCGGCACGGCUGUGACCCCGUGAGCUCCGCGUCUCCAGUGGACCCAGCCCAGGCGAGCUGUCCUUUACCCCGGCAGCGGCCGCACAGGAAAAGUGGCCGGGAAGAGGCGUGGUCCCCGUAGAAAAGGGACGCCCCAAAGAUGUGUCAUCCCGAGGGCGACAGUUGCGUCCCAAACCCGGGCUACGAAGUUCGUUCUGAGCCUACAGGCGUCCGGUUGUCCCGCGGAGGUCGCGGCCCAACGAGGGCCCGGAGGGGCGUGACAGCACAUGCAAAUCAUUAGGCGUGCGGGGUGUGCGAGCCAGGCUUGUCAGGGGCCAAGAGGGCGCGGGGCCGUAUCGUUAAAGCACUGGACUAGGGACGGGGCCAGGUUCUCUAAGGAGCAAGAGUGGCGGGGCCGCACUUGUAAAUCAUUAGCGGAGCCAAGCUCGCUAAGGGGACAGAAGAGGCGGGGCCGCACCUGUAAGACCUGUAAGGUAUUUGAAUCGGGGGCGGGGCCGCAUAUGUAAAUUAUUGGGGCCGGGCUCGGGGCCACAGAUAAAAACCGCUUGGCUGCAAGGAUCAGGCGCCCCCAGGGCACCGCGGAGGGCGGUCUCACGCGCGAGGUGCUUUCCAGGUCGGGGCGGGGCCUGAGCCUCGACCGUGACGUCACAGCUGUGCCUGGC